AUGCCCCCAAGAAGAAAUGGGAAAUACAAACUUCCCGACCCACUUCCAGAAGGCAAGGUUCUGGAUGACAUGGAAGGAAAGCAAUGGGUCCUGGGCAAGAUGAUUGGUGCUGGAGGGUUUGGAUUAAUAUAUUUAGCUUUCCCCACAAUUAAACCAGAUAAAGAUGCAAGACAUGUAAUAAAAGUGGAAUAUCAGGAAAAUGGCCCAUUAUUUUCAGAACUUAAAUUUUACCAACGAGCUGCAAAAAAAGAAUGUAUAAAAAAAUGGAUAGAAUGCAAACAACUUGAUUAUUUAGGAAUUCCUGUGUUUUAUGGAUCUGGUCUUACUGAAUUCAAGGGAAGAAGUUACAGAUUUAUGGUGAUGGAAAGACUAGGGAUGGAUUUACAGAAGAUCUCUGACCAGAAUGGUACUUUCAAAAAAUCAACUGUCCUGCAGCUAGGUGUUCGGAUGUUGGAUGUACUGGAAUAUAUACAUGAAAAUGAGUAUGUUCAUGGUGAUAUAAAAGCAGCAAAUCUACUCUUGGGCUACAAAAAUCCAGAUCGGGUUUAUCUUGCAGAUUACGGACUUGCCUACAGAUAUUGUCCCAAUGGGAACCACAAGCAGUAUCAGGAAAACCCUAGAAAAGGCCAUAAUGGGACCAUGGAGUUUACCAGCUUGGAUGCCCACAAGGGAGUAGCCCUGUCCAGACGGAGUGACCUUGAGAUCCUGGGCUACUGCCUGCUGCGGUGGACCUGCGGGAAUCUGCCCUGGGAGCGGAGCCUGCAGGACCCGGCGGCUGUGCAGGCUGCAAAAACAAACCUGUUGGAUGAGCUCCCUGAGUCUGUGCUUAAAUGGGCUCCUUCUGGAAGCAGUUGCUAUGAAAUAGCCCAGUAUUUGGUAUGUGCUCAUAAUUUAGCAUAUGAUGAAAAGCCAGACUAUCAAAUGCUCAAGAAAAUUCUGAACCCAGGAGGAAUACCUUUAGGACCAUUGGAUUUUUCCACUAAAGGAGAGUGUGUAAAUGUGCGUACUCCAGACCAUCAGAAAGUUCAUUCGCAAAAGGCUGCAACAAAGCAAGUCAGUCAGAUGCAAACCAGGUUCAUGGAAAAAAGCGUCCGCAGUGAGGGCAGUGCUGAGCCCUCUGCCACAGGGAGAGAAGUUCCGAAAGAGGAGAAGCGGACUGGAUCGCGUAACAAAGAAACCGCGCAGGAAAGCACAAGGAGAAGACAAAAAUAUUGUGAGUUGCAAGAAUUUUUGAAUGAAGUAAAAAGUUCUCCACAAAAAGAGAGCUUUAUGCAGUUCCCAAACUCAUUUUAUGAACCCCAUCAAGAUUCUACCCAUCCAGAUACAUUCAAGUCCAGAUGCCCAUCUUGGUAUACGUGCACUUCCACAGGUGGUAUGGAAGUCACAGACUUAAGUUCUACAGGAUUUUGGUCUGCAAUUUCCCAGUUUACCCUUAGUGAAGAGGCAAAAGCAGAUGUAUAUUAUUAUGGCUUCAUCAUUCUUUUACUUUUGAUGUUAAUGGGUCUUGCUUUAUAUUUUCUCUGA